GAUGGCGAAACCGUGCAGUGUCGUGGUCGCGUGCCUGCGCGAUGACAGCAAGCGUCGUCGACGGUGGCUCCGUGGCGUUGCUCGAGGUUCAUUCGUCGAUCGUUGUUCUCACGGUGGUGCAAAGGUUUACGAAAAUAUCACGGAUUCGAGCGAAUCGGGACGAUAUGGAACCUCCGGACGUUUAUCACAGCAAAACCGAGUACGUCGAAACGGCAUCCGGGAACAAGGUAAGCAGAAAUACCAUUCUCUGCGGCUCGCAGAACAUUGUGUUACACGGAAAGGUGAUCGUGCAGUCGGAUGCCAUUAUCAGAGGCGAUUUGGCGAACGUUAGGACAGGACGUUAUUGCAUUAUCAGCAAGAACGCUAUCAUAAGACCACCGUUCAAAAAAUUCAGCAGAGGCGUUGCCUUCUUUCCUCUGACGAUGGGGGACCACGUAUUCGUAGGAGAACGAGCAGUGGUUAACGCAGCUAUCGUCAGUUCUUACAUAUACAUAGGGAAAAAUGCAGUAAUCGGAAGGAGGUGCGUGCUGAAAGACUGUUGUUACAUCGAGGAUGGAGCGGUGGUUCCGCCCGAGACCAUAGUUCCCUCGUUUACACGUUUCGCCGGAAACCCUGCCAAGUGCGUCGAAGAUUUGCCCGAGUGCACGCUCGACCUGAUGCUAGAAUUUACCAAGAAUUAUUAUCAACACUUUUUCCUGUACCGAUCUUAACGCGUUUACGCCUAUGAUUACUACUAUGAUAGGAGAGAAAGAAAAGAAGGAAAAGAAUUGUAGAGAAAAGAACGAUCGUUUGUCUACGUCUUCUACGUCUCGUACGUUUCCAUCCAACUGGACG